AUGCAAUCUGCCAAGGUUCUUAUCGUUGGCUCCGGACCUGCAGGUCUUGUUCUCGCACUUUCACUCCUGAAGAACAGGAUACCAGUUCGCAUUAUCGAGAAAGAUGCUCAACAUCAUAAUGGAGAGCGCGGGCCUGGAAUAAUGCCACGCACGCUCGAAAUUGAGCAAUUUCUGGGAGUCAGCGAUGAAGUUCGAAAGGCCGGGACUGGUUUGCCAACGAUCCAUAUGUUCGACCCAGCAGAUCCUUACAAGUACCGUGUCGUACUGUCUUCAAAACUACCAACAGAUGUCGAGCCAACCCCGGCUUUCCCGAUCACCAAACCAAUGCUCAUUGGCCAAUGGCGCCAUCAGGCCAUUCUUCGCAGACACGUAGAGGCUCUUGGCGGAAAUGUCGAGCUUGGAUCCGAGUUUAUAGGUUGUACACAAGAUGAGAAUGGUGUGACAGCGGAGGUUCGUAAAGUCGUAGAUGGCGUCGAACACACAGAGGAGGCUCGAUUUGAGUACCUUGUGGGUGCCGACGGUGGUCGAAGUACUGUGCGAAAAGUUAUGGGUGUCAACUUCCUCGGAGAAACUCGCGAGGAAGAGAGGAUGCACGUUGUUGACGCCCGUAUAGAAGGUCUUGAUGUUGACUCUAAUAUUCGUAUCUGGGGUAACCAGAAGACUGCAACGGUAUCUCUCAGACAAACAACGGAGCCUGGUCUAUUCCAGGUGGUCUUUGCCGGUCCCGAGGCCAGGCAUAACUUCCUUAAAGCACACAACGACCCACAAGCAAUCCAGGACGAGCUUCACAGGAUCACGAACCGUACUGAUCUCCGGGUCACUGGAAUAAAUUGGAAUGGCGAAUGGAGGCCGAAUAUUCGUAUGGCGGACCAUUUCCAGGUCGGACGAUUGUUCAUCAUUGGUGACGCUGCACACACACAUUCGCCAACAGGCGGACAGGGAUUGAACUCCAGUGUACAAGAUGCUUUCAACCUUGCAUGGAAACUUGCAUUAUCAAUUAAAGGAAUCGCAUCGCCAAGCUUAUUAGAGUCUUACGAGAAAGAGCGUCUCCCUGUGAUUGCGGAGAUGCUCAAGAUUUCGACCAUUUUGCUGGACCGUCAAAUUCAAUCUGGAAUCGAAGCUCCCAAAGAAGAGCCUCAUAAAACUUCUGAAGACGGAGCGUGGAUCCGCGACCGAAGGCUUUUGCAACUCGACAUACACUGUCGCUGGAGUCCGGUGGUCGUUGAUGAGCGUUUCCCACAGCCUAAUUUGGGUCCGUUGAACGCAUAUGGUGCGAUGACUGGUGAAACAGGAGCUGGAGACCGUGCUCCCGAUGCGCCAGGCCUUCUUGGAGAAAACGCCCCAAAUCGACUUUUCGACAUAUUCAACCCGGCAAUGCACACAAUACUGCUGUUCGUAGCCGAUCAAUCCUUGAUCGAGCAAGCAAACGCGAUCAUAGCUCCGUUUUGCUCGAUUGAUCCGGGGUUGAUACAGAAGGUACUUGUACUGCCUGCAGGCACUGAUGCGUCGAACAUAUCAGCAAGCUUCUGUGAUGCAAAGCAUGUUAUCAUGGACUCGGAAGGGCACGCAUUUACAAAUUACGGCAUGGACCCUUCGAAUGAGUCACCAACGGUGGUUGUUGUGCGACCUGAUGCCAUGAUCGGAGCAUUCCUUAAGACGGUGGCUGGCACUCGCAAAUAUCUCUCUUCAGUCUUUCAGAUGAAUCCAUGA